AUGGCUGUAUUUGCCCAAGAUAUACCCACAAGUCAAACAGAUGGAUCUGGGUCUGGAAGCGUCUUUCCCGACUUUGAUGAUAUCGAAGGGAUCGUUCCGACUACUAACGCUAUAACUACAGGCACUACCACUGAAAGUGGUUCUGUGAGUGAUUCAACAGCAACGAUUAUAGUUACAGGCCCAACCGAACUGCCGUCACCUACUAGUAGUACUUUGGAACCAUCUAGUAGUAGUACUACUGAGGCAGCAACAACUACCGUUUCCCCCACUUCAACAUCGACAACAUCUGCUGCCACAAAUCCUACUUUCGUCCCUUCAUCAACUUCAGAAAAUCCGGAUUCUACAUCAUCUGAGUCUACAUCAUCUGCAAGUACAGCUACGGAAUCUACAGCUACUGAUUCAACCAGUCCCGAUUCUACUACCCCUGCUAAAACCUCAAAUGCUUCUACAACUCCUUCUACCUCUGGGUCAUCAACCGCCUCUACUUCAACUACCUCAACUUCGAGUGCCGAUACUACUUCUGCACCUACUACUUCUGCCGAUACUACUUCUGCAUCUACCACUCCUGGCAGUACUACUGCAGCACCUAGUCAAACUUCUGACAAUACUACUCCUGCUGAUACCACUCCCGCCUCCAGCACUCCUGCUUCUACUACUCUGACUCCAAGCACAACAAUUGCCACCACUACCGCCCAACCACUAUCAGUAGAAGAACAAAUUUUGGCUUUAAUUUUGUCAAAUGCCGAACUAUUCCUUCAAAGUACUUCCCUAGUGGACUCGAUAUUCGCUUCAAACCUUAACAUUGAUGCGAAUCUGGAUCUUCAGGCACUUUCCCUUAGCCUUAUAGAGCCUGUGGAAAAUGUGCUGCUAAACUUGACCCGGGACGCCUAUCUUACCCAAGCAAAUGUGCUUCAUGGUUUUCUGAAUACCCUUCAAAACAUUGACUUUAUUCAAAACCGUACAAGUGACAACCUAUCGAAUAUUCUUCGAAUCCAACAACAAACUAAAAAUAUUGUAACUGACUUUGAGGUUAAGGUUUCGGAGGUGCAGGAAACAAUCUUAGGAAGCACUAAGGGAUUGGAUGAAAAGCUCCAGCUGGUGACCCGAAUUCUUCAGGAUUAUAUCAAGCCAAAGGUGUCCGGGUUAAAGGAGUCGUUUGAACAUCUAAAUGUAUCCCAAGUCAAUUCCUUGGAUGAAUUGAAAAAUAUUCCAUCGAUACAAAAUCUCACAGCAGAAUUCAUUGUUAAGCUUACUUUCCUGAAUAACGAAGUCUCUAUUCUCAAUGAAACCCAGGAGAAUCGUCUGAGCACCCUAUCAGAAGCUGUGAAGAAAUGGAUACCCACUGACCUGGAUUUAGUUGAGGACCUUCUUCAGAGUUUCAGUAUUUCCCAAAAGCAGACGGACUUGGCCAUUGCUGUCUGCGAUAAUGGCUCUCACAAAUGUGGCAGUUCGGCAAAAAUUUAUGAGGAAAAUUAUAAUCUCGAUGACAUUUUAUCAAAGAACUAUGAGCAGAACUAUAAAUCCCAUGGUGGAGAAGCAGAUGCAUCUUACUAUGAUGAAAUAGAAGAUUACGAUGCAUCGUCCUGGCGCAUUUCUUCAAGUGUCCUGUCUGGAGCCUGGAUAUCGGAAGCAACGGCAGACGCACCAAAUGACAACUUCGAGGGCAAAGUCAAUGAGCGCCUUCCUGCUCCCUGUUAUCGCCUGCUGCUCCGGCUUCUGCUCCUGCUCCUGCUGCCGCGCCAGAGUGUUCCUCUCAUCGUCCUUUGGCACUCCUGCUGGACAGAGGACAAAGGGAUCCCGGGCGAUGAGGGGGCACUGGGAGGCGGGCGGAAGGAGGGCACACCGCGGGGGAGUGCCAGUGCCAAUGCCAGUCCCAAGUCGCAGUACCCAAGCCAGUGCCCGAGACCCAGCGAUUGCACGAUUCCCUGGCACACAGGGAUCCCAAGAAGCUGCGGCUCUGCUGCGAUGGGUGCACUGGGCCCAGUCCCGGAGUGGAGUGCCGUGAAUCAUAUGGACACCAUUAAAUGGAAAGGUACGAGCAAUGGCAAUCACCAACACGCGUCAAUUGUGCGCGCUGUGUGA